GUCUUUAAAGAAAGAAAGAAAGAAAGAAAAAAGAAAAAUUAAAAACGAGUAGAGGAAUUGAAGAACUGAAAGCAAUGAAUAUGAAGCGAAAGAUUGUUGGGUUUAUCACCUUUCUGCUCUUUGCUUUUCUUCUUUGCUCCUACUCAACACCUGCUCGUCUUCUGCCACAGAAGCAAGGUGAAAAGCAGUUUAAAGCAAACGGGAUGAUUCAAGCUGGUUUAUUCACAGAUGCAAAGGAAGAUUUCUCAAAUUUGAUGGGAUCAUCAGAAGAGUGCUAUGAGAAAGAUGAAGAAUGUCUGAAAAGAAGGAUGAUUGCAGAAGCUCAUCUCGAUUACAUCUACACUCAACAUCAUAAGCCUUAGAUAAUUCAUGCAAAUUAAAGGAAUUAUGUACUAUAUGUACCUUUUAUGCUCAAUCAAGAGAAAACUGUGUGUAAUUAUGAAGUUGUAUGAAACCAAGGCCCAAGGCCCAAGGCCCAAGUCCCAAGGCCGAAAACACAAAAAAUAAUGUAACUGCUACUAUAUUAUAUAAUAUAAACCAUGCUGAUUAGUAAAAUAAAUGAAUGUGAUUUAAGUAAUGAUUAAUAUUUCAUGUGUUUCAAGUUUGGUUGUUGAAUGAAUUUAUGUGACUUGCGAUAAAACGUCAAAAGAAAUGGCAAGCUUAUAAUUAUUCAUUGGAAACAGAUCCUACCGGGAAACUGGAAGAAAGGCUGAGAUAUUCUUUUUGUACAUUCAAGCGUGCAAGUGCAUAAUUAACCAAAGCUAACAAAAUUUUCUUCUGUGACGGAAUUUGGUGUUAAUUGAU